GACAUUGAACUUGUUUAAAAUGGGAAUUCUCCACUCGGAUGUAGGGAUUCGGUCUGGUAAGGAUCUUUGUGAUUCUUGACAAUUAUUGUGUGAUUAAAUUUUUUUUACUUUUGGCUAAGCAUGAAGCAAUUUACCCGCCAGAUUUAUGCAUUGUGACAAAUUUUCCCGUUGAGAAAAAGAGGAGGUUGAAAAGGGGGAAAAUGGAGGUUGAAUCUUCGCCUUCAAUUGCGAAUCGCCUUCAUCGGCGAAAGUGAUCGCCGCCGUCCCAUCAGAGAGCAAUCGUCAGCCACAAUCUCUCUCUCAGACGGUUCCACGUGGCGAGAACCCACCAUUCCUCUUCGGAGAUGCUUCAAAUUCCCCAACCGGAACGAGCAAUCACAGCACGAGGCAUCCUGCCCAAUUCCGGUGGAUAGAGAAUCGAAAUUAGGCGUAGGAUUCCUUUUUCCAAACAUCAAUGAGUAAUUUAAUUCUGGGUUGGAAUUAUUAUUAUUCCAAUUCCCUGCGAAUUGAAGCGCCACUAGUGUUUGUGUUUGUGUUCUCUUUCGCGGUAUUUAUAUUGGGAAUUUAGAUUUGUUCUUCCCCCUGCAACUUCUCUCCGCCAACUCGUAAUCGAACAUCUGUCGCGUCUAUUUCGGAAUCUGAUUCUCCAUUUUUUUUCUUUCUUAUUUCUUCGGCCUUCCCCAACGCCACGACUGGUUUCCAAACAAGGUUCAAUUACCCCAAAUGCCUAUUUAAAUGCACCAUGCGAAUUCCCAGGAGACAGGUUUCCUUCUGCCUCUCCUUCUUUUCGCUCGAAUUCUCUUACCCUUUAUCCUCCCGAAAUUUUCUCGGAAUUCCCAAUUGCUUUAUCCGCCAACCGAAACGMAUUCAUACCCUAGUAUAUCCUUUGGGGAUUUGGCAACAUUCUGCUUCAGGAUUAAGUCAUUUGCGUGCAAUUGAUGCCAUGGGUGAGAACCUUGGGACUGUCAUGAAGGACAAGAGAAGGAAUUAUCUGGAUGUUAUCCACAGUGAGGAUAGCCAGGAACCAUGUAUAUGGUCGUCAUCAGCUGAAUGCAAAAUUGGCAUUGGAAAGCAAAUCUUUUGCAAUAGAUCCUUGAAUAUGAAAAAUAUUGUUGCGGUGGGGUUUGACAUGGAUUACACGUUGGCACAAUACAAGCCAGAAACUUUUGAGUCCCUCGCAUAUGAAGGCACAAUAAGAAAGCUGGUUUAUGAUUUGGGAUACUCUGAAGAGUUGCUGAAUUGGUCAUUUGAUUGGAAAUACAUGGUCAGAGGUUUGGUUCUUGACAAAAAGAGAGGCAAUAUCUUGAAGAUGGAUAGACACAAGUAUGUGAAAGUGGCCUACCAUGGUUUCAAGGAGUUGUCCAAGGAAGAUAAAGUUGGGACCUAUGGAAAUACUCUAGUACGGGAUUCUUUUGAUGAACCCGACUAUGCUCUCAUUGAUACCCUUUUUUCGCUAGCUGAAGCCUACUUGUUUGCUCAAUUGGUUGACUUUAAGGACAAAUAUCCAGACAAAGUUCCUGAGGAUAUCGAUUAUGCUCGGAUGUAUAAAGAUGUUAGAGCUGCAGUAGAUUUGUGUCAUCGUGAUGGGACCUUGAAGCAAAUGGUUGCAAAAGAACCUAAAAGGUAUAUCAACGAGGAUACCUCAAUUGUGCCUAUGCUUAAAAUGCUCAGAGAUUCUGGCCGUUCUACUUUCUUGGUGACAAACAGCUUAUGGGACUAUACAAACGUUGUGAUGAACUUCCUUUGUAAUUCUUCUGCGGAUGGUGAUCAGAAGUGCAAUUUUGAUUGGCUUCAGUAUUUCGAUGUUGUCAUCACCGGCAGUGCUAAACCAGGAUUUUUCCACGAGGACAACCGUGCCAAUCUAUUCGAGGUUGAAGCAAAGUCAGGAAUGCUGCUUAACACGGAUAAUGGCUCGCCUAUGCCUCAGGUGGGAAACACUUCACUAGCAUUUUCACCGAUGAAGGUAGACAAGUCUUGCAGAGUUUUUCAGGGAGGCAAUGUCAAGCAUCUGCAUAAGCUUCUUUCCAUUGAAUCAAGUUCACAGGUUCUUUAUGUUGGAGAUCACAUCUAUGGAGAUAUAUUACGAAGCAAAAAGGCUCUUGGAUGGAGGACUAUGCUUGUUGUUCCGGAGCUCGAAAGAGAGGUCGAGCUCUUAUCAGAGCUGAGGAAUACCCGCAAGCAACUUCAGCUAUUAAGAAACGAGCGGGAUGUCAUUGAAGACAAAAUACAUCAUUUGAAGUGGUUCCUCAAGUUUGAAGAUGUCGAGGCUGACGAGAAGGAGACAUUAUCUACUAAACUACAUCAGCUAGAGAGCGAACGAGAACAAGUGCGGCUGAGCCAUCAAGAAGUGCUACGGGAAUGUCACCAACAGUUUCAUGGGGUUUGGGGACAACUGAUGAAGACUGGAUAUCAAAACUCAAGGUUUGCUCAUCAGGUAGAGAGAUUUGCGUGCCUUUACAGCAGCCAAGUGACCAACUUGAGCCUCUACUCCCCAGAUAAAUAUUACAGGCCAAGUGAAGAUUUUAUGCCCCAUGAAUUUGGGAUCAUCCCUUUGUGAAAAUUAGUUUAACAACUCCCCAACCUUUGUCUUUAUAAAUUAAAUUCCUCAAAAACAGAGGAAGAAAGCUAUGAUUAAUGAAAUUUGUAGUACAUAAUUGCACUUUGACCAUUUUAAUUUAAUACAACUUUAGCUUCAACCA